AAGCAUUUUAAUGUCUUUUUUAAAUUCAAACCCUACUUUCUGUUUGUUUUUUAAUAUUCAAAGUUACACCUUUGGAGAUGAGAUGCUUGAGAUGCACAUGCUUGCGAAAAAAGGCUUAGUUUGGAUCCACUUUAACAACAGCAUAAAUUAAGACAAACCACCAUGAGCGUGUUUUAAUCAUCCGUGGAAGUGGAAAGGCUUUAUUCCAGCAGCUGAUCCUGUUGCCAUCCAGCCCCUGUUGAAGGACUGAGCUGCAGUGACUCGCGUAUUUCGGGGCGUGCUCAUCUGUGGCAGCGUGCACAGUCAGAGGGGGGUGUGGGCGGAGGGGUGGGUUAUGUGUUUCUGCUGGGAAACGUAAUAAAGAUGAGGUCUUGAAGCCCCUCUCUGCGCGCAAAGCCAUGCCGAGGGAUCCAUUCAGAGAGUUUCGCAGCGUUAGUCAUCGUAGCUCUCUGCAGUGUGUGUAGGGGUCGCUUCCUGGGAUGGUCGCACACCGGUGGGGUCCGUGGCGGAGGGCCAGUGGUCGCCCGGGUUGUUAGGCUGUUUGCGCAGGACGUGGCGGGCCGACGCCAGUGACCGGGCAGGUGAUGUUUGCUCACGUCAGCCGCUCUGGUUUGAUGAGGGGCGCAGGGGACGCGGCUGGAGGGUGCGCGCUACUGUUGCAACGCCUCACCGGAUAACUGCUGCUAUCUCAUCCCGUCCGUCUGUCCCUCCUUCUUUCUUUCUUUCUUUUUUUUAAUUUUUUUUGUUUUUGCUUUUCAUUUUUUGUGUUUUUUUGUUUUGUUUUGUUUUAUUUCAGCUCAGCGACCCACGGAACUCUUUAAAAGCGAAAGGACAGGAUUUGGAGGUGCGUGUGCGUGGAGUGCGCAUCGUUUCUUGUGAUUCCCGCUGUACGCGCAGGAGAGCCAGUGCGCCCACCCAUGCGAUGCUAGCCUAUUAGCAGAGGAGAAAGGAAGAGAGGGAGAGCUUUCAGUCCUGGAUCUUAGAGGAGGCUAAUUUACGAGUCUUGUUUUGCCUUUCAGGAAAAAAAAGGGGGAGAUAAGAAGGGGAGGGUGGUCGGUGAAGGAGAAUGCAGCAAUCCCAUUUUUAAGCAUGCAGAAGCGGGCCGUUUCCGGUUCCUAGGCUGCCGUAUCCCCCCCAUCCGACGCCAGCAGCCGUAUGGGGAAAGCAGAGGCAGACACAGAUGGCAUGGACACUUCCACGACGUCUGCCGCUCUGCCCUGCCUGCUCUGCCGGAGCCCGUUAUCCGCCGUCUCUCUCCUCCAGCUCGCUCCGCCGCCCAGCAGCACUGCAGCACAGCACAGGCUGACGGCAUGAGGCUUGAUCCAGUGCAUUUCUCCAUGCUGGUCAUCGGGGUCUCCUUCGCCUGUUACGCCCCGAGUCUCAACUCCCUCCAGGACCAGGCGUACAGAUCGGCCGUGGUCAUCGAGGGCGAGGUGCGCUCCUCCCCGGAGAACGGCUCCUCCAGCGAGCCCUACAGGGUGAACGUCAGAGUGCUGGAUGUGUGGCCCGUCAACAGCGGCGGCCUCGAGCGGGAGCAGCUCGUGACCGUCGGGGACUUCGGCUCCGAAGCCCCCUGCACCACAGUGGAGAAGGACCACAGGUACAUCUUUUUCAUGGACCCCACCGCCGAUCCUUUGGUAUUCAAGGCAUCCUACGCGCCCGUGGAUGCCAGCGAGCCGGAACUGAAGAAGGAUGUGGAGAGAGUGCUGUGUGGGGACUGCGCAUCUGCUCCUAAACUGAGACCAAUGCAAGGACAGUCUCUGAUGGAAGGAGAGAAGAUGUACUUGAAGUGUGAGGCGUCGGGAACCCCCAGCCCUUCCUUCCGCUGGUACAAAGAUGGACAUGAGCUGCAGAAAGGCAGAGACCUCAAAAUAAAAACCAACAAAAAAAAUUCAAAGGUGCAGAUCAGUCGUGUUCGUGUAGAAGACUCGGGGAACUACACCUGUGUGGCUGAAAACUCGUUAGGACAAGAAAACGUCACAAGUAUAAUCACCGUGCAGAUCAUGACCACCACAACCCCAUCUCCAGGUGUCAGUCAUGCGAGGCGCUGCAACGAUUCAGAGAAGGCUUACUGCGCUAACGGAGGAGACUGUUACUUUAUACAUGGUAUUAACCAGCUGUCCUGCAAGUGUCCCAAUGACUAUUCGGGGGACCGCUGUCAAAACUCCGUCAUGGCCGGUUUCUACAAGCUUCUCAAAAAUGAAUUUAUAGAGGCAGAGUUGGUCUACCAGAGGCGGGUGCUGACGAUCACAGGCAUCUGUGUGGCCUUGUUAGUGGUUGGCAUCGUUUGUGUGGUGGCCUACUGCAAAACCAAGUCACAGAGGAGACAGAUGCAGAAUCACCUACAUCAAAACCAGAAUCAAUUUGUGGAGCAGCCAAACCGCAUGUUGGCUAAUGGGCCAAACCACCCAGGGCCCGGUCCUGAGGAGAUCCCCAUGGUUGAUUACAUUUCGAAGAGUGUCCCUACGACAGAGUGUGUGAUCAGUCAUGGAGCUGAGGGUGCAGGAAACUAUGCAGGCAGCCGAAUGUCAACGCGCUCCCAUCACUCCACCACUGCCUCACAUGCUUCCAGACACGAGGAGCAGACGUGGAGCAUGGAACGAACAGAGAGCGUAAACUCAGACUGCCAGUCAGGUGGGCUCUCCAGCUCAGUGGGAACCAGUAAGUGCAGCAGCCCGGCAUGCAUGGCGAGGAGGGCCGCCAACUACGGCUGCAGAGACAUGUCGGGAAUGGGGAUGCAGUAUGGGGACUCAUACGACUCUCUAAGAGACUCGCCUCACAGUGACAGAUACGUGUCAGCGCUGACCACGCCGGCACGGCUGUCUCCUGUGGAGUUUCACUACCCCCCUCUGCCACCCCAGGUACCCACCUUCCAGAUCACCUCACCCAACACAAGCCACGCCCUCUCCCUUCCCCCUGCUGCUGCGGCUUACCACAGAGACGAUGACCAACCAUUGCUAAGAUGCCCCGAAGAUGGAAGUUUAUACAGGCAGCCCCGACGACCUCGGCGACCCUACCUGACAGAGAGCACAGGAAGCCUACCGUCCAGUCCCUACCACCUCCCUGACGAUGAAGCAUAUGAGACGACACAAGAGUACGCCUCCUCGCGUGAACCGAUCAGGAGCCGGCGCCGCCCCCGACGCAACCGCCUCAACGGACACACGUCCCAGCGUUCGGCGGGCUUUCGGGACUACAGCUCUCAGAGCUUCAGCCAAUCAGAGGAUGAGGAGGAAGAGGACGAGGACGAGGACGCUCACGGGGAGAGCACGCCUUUCCUAAGUAUGCAGAACAUGAACAUGGACCUGCCGCUAUCAAGCUCGGGUUACCGCUCCUCGUCCGGCGCAGACACACGGACUCACCGCGGGCUGAGUCGGCCAGGGACGCGCAGCAACGGGCAGAGCCGCGGCUCCCAGUCACAGCGCUCCAAGGCCGACAACAUGCCCCUUUAAGACCGGACCUCCUGACGCCCUCCCAUACACCCCCUGUCCCGCCCUGCCACGCCCCGCCACCUCACACACUUCCUCUCGUCCCUCACAGAACCAGUGGACUAGAGACCUGCACCUAGGAGAAAUAUUUUUAUUUUGUAUAACAGACAGAUAUUCUAAACAAAUGAAAUAUUUAUUUUCAUUUCAGCAAAAAUUGUCUACUAGCUAACAGCAAAGACUUUUUUUAUAACGGGGGGAUAUUUAUAUGUAAAGUUUUUUGAUUUACAGCAUUAUGAGAGAUGAAAAAAGGAGAAUUACGUGCCAAUUUUUUCACAAGUUAGAUAAAUAGAAUAAUAUUGUGGUGCCUUUUGCUGUAUGCUGAAGUCGGAGGUCCCGUUGAGUUUUUGUAGCUUUUCUUAUAAAGACUCCUCAUUUUUAUAGAGACCAACCCUCUUCCUUCCUAUUGCUUGGUUUGGUUUGUUCUUUUGAUUUUUAUUUUUUAUUUGCUCUGAUUUGGGAUCUUCCUCUUUUUGAACUGUGAUCUGAUUAUGUCAUCAUGCAAUAUUGAUUCCUUCUGUGUAAAAGGUGUCUGUUUACAUGAGUUCGACCCAUGCGAUGGUACAGCCGGGUGUGUAGGUUAGAUUCCUCUGAUGAACACGCAUCUGUCAUUCACGUCCUUGUCUGCUGCCUGUCAGUCACUUUCUUGUAGUUUCUGUGGAUAGAAGGGCGUUCAGGUGUUGUGGAGGGAUGGCGAUGUUUGUCAUAGGUGUUCACGGUGCUGUCAUUACAUUCGUACGUAUGUGUGUGUGUGUGUGUUUGAGAUUUCAUGAAGCCUGGUUAGGUGGCCGCACGGUACAUCCACUGACGCGUCUGCCGGUUGCCACGCCGCCAGAAGCUCCACUGCACUGUAAACACCUCCCUCCGCGAACAGCCGCCGGUCAGGGAGCCUCCGACCCAAACUGAACUCGACCAGUCCAGUUGUUAUCCAGCCUGACUCUGGCCUCCCGUGGACUGCCUGGCCCCGCCCGUUUCCUAUGCCAGCAGCUUAGAGCCGCACUGUGUCUCAGGACUUCCCCAUCGCAUCACAGCCGAAUGACUCGCAGCAGACCGAGCCCGUCAUCGCAGUCUCAGAUCAGUCCACAGGGCCAGACCCAUAUCUCUCCCACCGCACUCACUUGUUUUGUUUAAAAAAAAUAAAAGAAGAAAAUACAAAACUAAUGGCUAGAAGCUGAAGAUUCAAUUAGAAUUGGAAACCACUUGACUUUCUUCUUAGGUUUAAAAAGUUGUAUGUUAGUAGGAGAGCAUGUUUGUAGAUGUGUGUUGUUCGAUAACUUGGAAUAAAGUUGGAAAUGACCUUUGGGCCUUGCUAGAAGUUCUACCUGAUGCCAACCCCUCCUUAAGAAGAGACCGCUCCUCUGGGUACUCCUUGGAGUUUAACCUUUAAAAUUGAAUAAAAUCAAUGUUUCCUUUGCAAAUUCGAUUCAAAAAGUGAAACUCAUUUAAAAAUCACCCUUAAUCAAGUAUUUAUUUAUUCAGUGUUGAUGGUUGAAGCACUACUUUUGAUUUAUCUGGAAAAUUUCAAUAUGACAGAAGACCAAACUAAAAACACGUUUAGUUCAAACCCUGCUGUGGGUUGUUGUUGCUUCCUAUCGCUCUGUGUGUUCGCAAGCAGGUUGGAAAUUCUGUUAGGUUUGUUUAAACAGGAGAAAUGGUGAAAAAUCUGAGACAUUACCUUCCUUUGAAGAAGUUAUUUUGAUUGGUUUAUUCAUUUCUGCCCAGAAUAGUUUCUCUGGGAUCAAGGGUGUGGAAUCCGUUCUGUUUUGUUAGAGCAUCUCCUUUGCUUUUUCUUUUUCAUAUUUUGAGAUCAAACAGCCAUCUAGGAUUUAUUGUUCUGUAUGUUGACACUGGUUAAGUUAUAAGAAUGUUGUAGGCUUUCAGUACAAAGCUUCUCGAACGUCAUUACUGUGACAUUUGUGUAGUUUCCGUUCACACCAAAUGCAAACAAUGAAACAUU